AUGUCCGUCCAGAGUUCCCCGCAUGUCGCCUUAACAGCACUGACACGUGUGCACCCGGGAUGUGCCUGGAGGGCUAUGAUGCCUCCUCCUUCUGCCUCUGCCCGCCCUCCUUCUUCCCCCUCGACUACUCUAACCCCCUCAAGCAACCCUGUAACCAAGGAGCACUUGCGCACGUGUGCUGCUGACAUGACGUGUGUAUUGAUGUUUGCUUGCACCAACAAAUGGCCCACUUUAAAGGAGCCCAUCCCCUGUCACGUACCACCCUUCUUGCUGCCGCUGCCCACUCUAUGUGAUUUCCCUCUACCCGGUCUGCUGGCACCCCCCGCCCCCCCGUUUCCCCCCACCCCGCACCCCCUUUUCUACCAUCUGCCCUGGAAGCCCUUCGUCCAGGCCCGGCGGCCUCACUUGCCGUCCGCUCCAAAGCCUUCAGCUCUGUGCUUCUCAACUUUCGGCCCUCUUGCCUCUCUCUCCUCUCUCCCCUUCCCCCCCUCUUCUCCACUUUCCCCCUUACCCCCUUCUCCACCUGCCCUCUGUCCAUCAGUUAGCAAGUCCAUCUGUCCCCUUGUGCUCUCUCUCCCCUUCCCCCCCUUUCCCCUUGUGCUCUCUCUCCCCUUCCCCCCCUUUCCCCUUGUGCUCUCUCUCCCCUUCCCCCCCUUUCCCCUUGUGCUCUCUCUCCCCUUCCCCCCUUUUCCCCUUGUGCUCUCUCUCCCCUUCCCCCCCUUUCCCCUUGUGCUCUCUCUCCACUUCCCCCCCUUUCCCCUUGUGCUCUCUCUCCACUUCCCCCCCUUUCCCCUUGUGCUCUCUCUCCCCUUCCCCCCCUUUCCCCUUAUGCUCUCUCUCCACUUCCCCCCCUUUCCCCUUGUGCUCUCUCUCCACUUCCCCCCCUUUCCCCUUGUGCUCUCUCUCCCCUUCCCCCCCUUUCCCCUUGUGCUCUCUCUCCACUUCCCCCCCUUUCCCCUUGUGCUCUCUCUCCCCUUCCCCCCCUUUCCCCUUGUGCUCUCUCUCCCCUUCCCCCCCUUUCCCCUUGUGCUCUCUCUCCCCUUCCCCCCCUUUCCCCUUGUGCUCUCUCUCCACUUCCCCCCCUUUCCCCUUGUGCUCUCUCUCCCCUUCCCCCCCUUUCCCCUUGUGCUCUCUCUCCACUUCCCCCCCUUUCCCCUUGUGCUCUCUCUCCACUUCCCCCCCUUUCCCCUUGUGCUCUCUCUCCACUUCCCCCCCUUUCCCCUUGUGCUCUCUCUCCACUUCCCCCCCUUUCCCCUUGUGCUCUCUCUCCACUUCCCCCCCUUUCCCCUUGUGCUCUCUCUCCACUUCCCCCCCUUUCCCCUUGUGCUCUCUCUCCACUUCCCCCCCUUUCCCCUUGUGCUCUCUCUCCACUUCCCCCCCUUUCCCCUUGUGCUCUCUCUCUACUUCCCCCCCUUUCCCCUUGUGCUCUCUCUCCACUUCCCCCCCUUUCCCCUUGUGCUCUCUCUCCACUUCCCCCCCUUUCCCCUUGUGCUCUCUCUCCACUUCCCCCCCUUUCCCCUUGUGCUCUCUCCCCCGCUCUUGAGCAAGGCCGCUACUCGAGUGCCAUUCUUCCCAGCACCCCCCGGCCUCACAUGCCCUCUGCUGCUCGACAUAUUUGACCUCUCACCUCAAGAGCUGCUGGAGAGAAACCAGAACAACACCAGCGCCCGCACCUUCCCCAUGGCAGCCUGCAUGGAUGACAAGGCGCUCGAGCCCGGCCUGCACACGUGCCAGCAGGUCGCCGCGUUCGGCUACGGGAGGAGGCGCAUGGGCUACUCAAAGACCUUCCGCAUCAACCCCGCUCUCUACUGCGACCACCUACUGCCCGGUGCUGCUGGGUGGAGCGACUCUGUUCUCGACUCGUGGAUGAGCGGUCGGGUUCCGGAGGAAUGCAGUGCGAGACUCGUCGGUUUUACCUCGUGA